AUGGGUCCGAAGAAGCUAUCGGGUGCGAAGUACCGGAAAAUGAAAAAAGAGACCGAGGAGGAUAACAAAAAGUUAGCAAACCAAUGGGAAAAGUGGGUUAAAAAAUGCGACUCAAACAAUAAUAGUUCAGGCUCACGUAAUAGUGAAGGUGAAGCCGUACAAGAUCAACAUCUUGAUACUGAUCUUAUUGAUGCACCUGAGCAAGUUGAAACCAAUGAGGAUGUAGCAUCAAAUAAUUUCACAAAUUCUCGAGAAUCCAAUUCCCGUUCAGCAUCCAAAAAACCUGCAGCUGACGAUAUUAUUACAGAGGCCGAAGAAGUGGAACCAGACACCCUAGCGCAUGAAAAUUCUGCAAAUUGUAGCGAAAAUGAGAAAAAUGAAGAGCUCAACUUGAAUGACCCGUCUAGCUGGCCUGUUAUAGAUAGUCAACUAAGGACCUACCUCAUUGAACGAGGUCCAUUGCAAGGGAAGGAUGCAGACUUUUCUCUAUCGGAAAAUCUCAUCGAUAAAAGACGAUUUUCUGUUGAUUGGUUUAAAAAAUUCCUUUCUAAUGGCGAAACGGUCGAACGUGCAUGGAUGAUAUACACCAUCGUGAAAAUUAUUUAUCGUGGAAAACGUUUGGAAAAACAUUUGAAGGAAAAUAAGACUAUCGAUGAUCGCUUAGAAGAGGCCAUACAGAAUGAAAAACAAAGAUGGAGGCAUAUUCUAAAAAUUGUAACAGAUUGCGUUAUAUUUUGCGGUACCAAUAAUUUAGCUUUCAGAGGCUCCAGUAAUCAGAUUGGGGAUCCCAAGUGCGGAAUAUUUUUGGGUUUGAUUGAGCUAAUCAGUCAUUAUGAUGCUACAAUAGCUAAGCAUAUUGCCGAAUCCGAACGAACCACCUAUUUAUCUAACAAAAUUCAGAAUGAACUGAUAGAUAUUCUAAGCACAAAAAAAGAUCAGUACGUCGUUGAAGAAAGCUUCAUUGACUUUAUAAAGACUUCGAAAAAAACGGGGCACGAUUUAGCUAUUGAAAUCCAACAAAAACUGAUCGACGAUGAUUUAGAUAUCGGUAACUGUCGUGGACAGGCUUAUGACAAUGGAGCCAAUAUGGCGGGAAAGUAUCAGGGGGUGCAAGCUCACAUACAAAAAUCUAAUGAACUGGCUAGGUUUCUGCCGUGCACUGCUCACAGUCUUAAUUUACUCGGUGUUCACGCAGCUAGGGUUUCGAUUAAAAUGUGUUUUGGGAUAAGAUCUUACACAUCGUGUAUCGAGCGAACAUCGUUUUACAAAGUGCAAAUAUAUCGAUUGAUGAAGGUUGUAGAAUUAUACUUGGACUAA